UCAUUGAUAUCAGGACGUAGUGAAUGGACUGUUCUUCAUCACCGUCAAGUCAUGGAACAAAGAGGACGCAAAGCGUGGAGGGAGAGACAGUACUGGAUUGUCUUCAUGGUUGUUUUGAAUCUUUUAUGGAGCGGAGCUUAUGCACAGAUCAGAUAUUCGAUAGCUGAGGAGGUUCAAGAUGAAACCGUCGUGGGGAAUAUAGCUAAGGAUUUGGGACUAGACAAGAGUGCACUCAAGGACAGGGGAUAUCGCAUUGUAGCAGGCUCAAGUGAGCCCCUGUUUCAAGUGAAUCAAAAUGAUGGUAUCUUGUAUGUGAAAAGAAGGAUAGACAGAGAGGAGGUGUGCGACCGGACCAGCCCAUGUUUGAUCAAUCUUAAAACCGUGCUAGAAAACCCGCUGGAGAUCCAUUAUGUGGCAGUGGAAAUACUUGAUAUAAAUGAUCACUCGCCUGUUUUUCCUGAGAAAGAGAAAAGGCUUGACAUCUCUGAGUCGGCCUUACCAGGGGCGAGAUUUCAACUACAGGCUGCACGCGACCCCGACGUAGGUCAGUUCUCCAUUCAGCAAUAUAAACUCAGCCAUAACGAUUAUUUUAGAUUAGAUGUGAAGGAUAGAGGCGAGGACCGAAAGGUACCAUUUUUAGUUCUGCAGAAACAGUUGGAUAGAGAAACAGCCGGGAAACAUAAGCUGCGUCUAACAGCCGCUGAUGGAGGAAAACCGGCCAAGUCUGGUAUUACAGAGAUAAUUGUGGAUGUGCUAGAUGUUAAUGAUAACUCCCCAGUGUUUACGAAAGAGUUUUAUUCUGCCACGCUUAAAGAAAACGUCCCAGUUGGUACUGUCGUAAUACAGGUAAAUGCAACGGAUUUUGACCAGGGUGCAAAUGGUGAGGUAAUAUACUCAUUUGGUAAGGAAGUCGAUUCAAAGUUAAUGGAUGUCUUUAAUAUAGACGCAAACACUGGUGAAAUUAAAGUAACCGGUAAGAUAGACUUCGAGGAAAGCAAAAGUUAUGAAAUUGACAUUCAGGCAUCUGAUAAGGCACAGGCUCCUCUAACAACGGACAGAAGUGUUAUGAUAACUGUCAUUGAUGUUAAUGACAACGCACCUGAGAUAGACGUGACAUCUUUUUCUAGCUCUAUCAAGGAGGACUCAAAGGUAGGAACUACAGUAGCCCUGAUUAGUGUUAGUGAUUUAGACUCCGGCAUAAAUGGCAAAGUCAUUUGCGCAAUCAAAAAAGAAGUGCCGUUUACUUUAUCUCCAUCACUACAAGAAAACAUGUACGCCGUGGUAACCAGUUCACAGUUGGACAGGGAAAUAAUUUCCCAAUAUGAUGUCACAAUUGUUGCAAAAGACACAGGUGACCCGGCGUUUUCAACGGAAAAGACCAUCAGCGUCACAGUUUCAGAUGUAAAUGACAACAAUCCAGAGUUUUUAUUAAGCCCCUAUGUUUUUUAUAUCACCGAAAAUAACAACCCCGGAGCUUCUGUAUUUUCGGUAAAAGCCUCUGAUCGUGAUGAAAUGGAUAAUGCUCUAAUUUCAUAUCAUAUUUUCAGGGAAGCAAGCGGAGAUAACAAAUUGACCUCAUUUUUAAAUAUUAACUCUGAAACUGGAGAUAUUUUGGCACUAAAAAGUUUCGACUUUGAAACUCUGAAAACUUUCCAGUUCCAAGUUGUCGCCACAGAUUCUGGAACUCCGUCACUAAGCAACAACGUCACAGUGAACGUGUUCAUUCUGGAUCAGAAC